CAUGCUACAUCUCUAGAGGGAUUGAUAUACGAUACGGUACGACUACUUGAUCUGGUCAUGUCACAAGUCGAGCAUCUAGUGCCCAUCACCACCAUUUCUUCAUCUUACUUAUCCCACAACUGGACUGGACUGGACUUUCACAUCGUCAAGAAAUUAACCAUUUCUUAAUACGCCCAUCAACACUUUGGGUCAAUUUUGUCCUCCUAAAAUACACAAGUUAAUUGCUGAACCAUGGGAGACACGCGUCCCCUCACGAACAGCGAGGUACACCCCUUCUCCACCAUGGAUCUUGUCGAUAGUCCCAACGACUUGAAUAAUUCAGACGACAUUAGCGCCCGUUUCAGAAACAACAAGUCCUCCUCGACCUCCAUCCUCAGCCCGUACAAUAUAAAUGGACGUCUCAUCGUGAUCAUAAUUGCUGUCGGGUGUUUCAUCCUGUCACUCAUCCUCUUCAUUGGAACGGUCGUGGUGGGAAUGGGCUCGAGUUGUCCGGACAGUGUCGUUUUAGCCAGUAAGCACUCAGCCGCAGUAUCAACUCCACCAACGCUGCAAACGACGACCACGCUGGGCCAAGUCGGGGUCACUGAUGCUGCCAAAACGACACAAUUGCCUCCCAAUGUCGACACUCCAUCAGUCACCCAAGUGAACGGUAUCAACUCGAAGAGACCUGGUCAGUUGGUCUGGUUUGAAGAAUUCGACUCAUUCAACACGACAAAGUGGCAACAUCUUAAUCAUGACCCCAGCAGCAACUUUUUCCACUUUGUGAACACAAGGAACAACAGUUUCGUGAAGGAUGGCUUCCUCUACUUGAAGCCGACUUACACCGCGGACGCGUACGGGGAGGACUACGUCUACAAUGGGACCAUGUUGCUGGGCAGGAAGCCGUCUGAAAUAUGCAAGAAGAAGAACGACUCUGCCUUGUGUUGGAAGGGUGACGGGUUGAGCAUCGUGCAUCCCAUCAUGGCCCCCGCUAUCUCCACGCAGGAGAGCUUCUCCUUCAAAUACGGCGUAUUGGAGAUUCGUGCCAAAAUGCCGGCGGGGGACUGGGUCGAACCAUUGAUGUCCCUCCAACCGAAGGAAUCCUUUUAUGGCACGGAUCUCCUCAACGGUCAAGUCCAGAUGAUUGACACGCGUGGAAAUCGACAACUCUUUGAUCACAACGGUGUCAACGUGGGGUCGGAACAAACCUGUCCCGAUAUUCGACUCGGUUCCCACAAAACGAAACGCUACCUCUUUGACUGUCUCAAUACGAAGAAUAAUGAAGGAUUCGAUACUGAUUUUCAUCUCUAUCAGGUCGAAUGGACCCCUGAUUCCAUCACGCUGAAAAUUGAUGGGAACGGUAUCGUGUCGGCCCCAUUUCCCAGAAAGAGCAUGUAUGAACUCUGGUCGAGAGGAAGGGUACACACGAAUCCGUGGGCGACGGCGGAAAAUGCGGUCAUGGCGCCAUUCGACAGACAUUUCUACCUCGUCCUUGGCAUCAACGUGGGCGGAGUCCAAGGCUUCUUCUCCGACGACUUCUCCGGACCAUAUCCCAAGCCCUGGAAGGACAGCGACAUGGCGGUGGCGGCCAAAUCGUUUUGGGAGAAUCGCCACGACUGGGAGCCUUCCUGGGGUGGGGACGCGGCCGCGAUGCAGAUUGACUACGUCCGCCUCUACGCCCUCAAUCAGACCGUGUCCUCCGAUUGACUGGAGGGGGCCCGCAGCUCCGUUCCGAAAUUAGAGGAGCCUGCGGUUGGGACCGGGAUGGACUGGAGUACGGACUGGGAUGAAGACGACGACGAAGAUGACGACGAUGGGGACGAGGCGGACGAGGAAAUGGACAUGUACUCACUAUUCGACACUCACCACCACCACCAUAAUCACCACGAUGACAAGAAAAAGGACAAUAAUAAUGUGACGACGAGUGCCGAAAAUACGACGCCAAAGUUGACAAAGCUGGAGGAGCAUGUGCUGGACGAUGACUUAUUAGACUAUGAGGACUGGUGAAAAUGUACUCAUAUUUACACAUUAUAGAACUGUUAAUAAUUAAUUAAGUGAUUAAUAAUUAACUAAUUAUUGUGCGCCGACCGAUAUUCUACUUAUCAUGAAUGACCACAUAUCAACUUAUGUAAAUAUGUAAUGGGAUACAAGUUUUCAAUUUAUUAUGUAAAUAAUAAACGAUACGUAUUUGAAAAGUUCA